CCAAUUUUCCCUUUUUUUGGUUUAAGCUUUUAGUUCCACCUUCCAAACCUAACAUCUUAGAGCUCAAAUUUCCUCUGGCGGCAGACAUAUCUUCUACAAUUUUGUUCCAAAAAAACUAUCGCUACAGCCUACAAGAGGUUAUAAUAUUUAAUAAAAUGAGGACUACAUCACCCACAUGGAGCUGGUAGGUGACAUUUGAAGUCUGAUUCCAUAAUACACACAAAGAACAGAAUUCGGGAAAUGACUUCAUCAUACCAAGCAACUGAGCUAGAAUCAGGUACAACCGACUCCGUUGCGUCCCCGCCUCGUGGAGAUGAUCCGCAUACACGUGUACGGUUCAUGUGCAGCUUCGGCGGCAAGGUCUUACCACGACCGCACGAUAACCAACUCCGCUACGUGGGCGGCGAUACACGCAUCGUUGCUGUACACCGCGCCACAAACUAUUCCACCCUCCUCACCAGGCUCUCUAAGCUCUCAGGUACAACAAAUGUAACUGUGAAGUACCAGCUUCCGAACGAGGAUCUUGAUGCGUUGAUUUCUGUUACAACGGACGAGGAUGUUGAGAACAUGUUGGAUGAGUACGACCGGUUCGCACAGAAUCAAAACCCAAGGUCGGCUCGGCUUAGGCUAUUUUUGUUUCGUAACAGUGACCAUGAUUCUAGUCGAACCAGUAGUAUCAGCUCGGCUAAUCGUGACCAUUGGUUUCUCGAUGCUCUCAAUCAUGGCGGCUCGGACAUGGGUCUAGAGCGUGGACGAUCCGAAGCCUCUUCUAUUGUUUCUGAAUUGCCUGAUUAUCUAUUCGGGUUAGAUAAUUCUGAUGAGACCCAAACCCCAACCCGUGACCCGAAAAUAAGGACCCGGCAGCUUGAAACCGUGUCGAAUUCGGAUCCGGGUUCUCCUGCUCCGGUUGUGAGUUCACCCUUUUAUUCAACAUCAUCUGUUCCUUCUGUUCAAGCCAUGCUUAAUCUUCAACCUGUCAAGACCAAGCCCGAUAGCCCGGAACCGGUUGUGGAACCAAAAGAGAAUCAAGUUGAGGUGGAGACGGGUGAAUCGGUUAUACCACAACCAACCGGGUACCCGGGAAACCAAGUAAUUCAUUACAUUUCAGAUCCUCCUUAUCCGGCUCAAGCGGUACAACAUGUACCUGUUUAUUACAUUCCGGGUCCAGUGCAACCCGGGAAUGUUCCGGUUCAAACCGUUCAUAUGCAGGCCCCAUAUGUUCCGCAAUAUCCGAUUGGGGCGGGUCAAAUACCAGUUGGGUACCAUCAUCCGGGUGUGGGUCAAGUAUAUGGCGGAGGGAUGAGGCCAAUUACGACAUCGUUUGACUCGUAUGAUGUUACAGGAAGAAUGGUUUCCGAUGGGGUGAAUCAGCAAGCAUUUUAUGGUGUUAAAAACCCGGGUAUAGUUCCAAUGUAUUCGGGCAUGAUGGUACCGGGUGGGGAAGAUUUGCAAGGCAUCGGGUCGGAGGUGAGGCCAAGUCGGGCCUCCCAGUAGUAUUUGACUAUAUAUAAGCCAUUAGGCAAUUUGUGUAAUAUGGUGGCAAAUUUUCCUUUUAGACCUUAAGUCAUACUUUAUGAGGUUUAUGUGUGUUUGAUGCUAUUUUUGAGUUUGUUCAGUGUGAUAACAUCUUGAGAGUUGUAAAUUGGUUUUUCAAAAGAUGUAUAGGACACAAACUUUGCUAUAGAAUCUCUAUUUGUUUGUACGUGAAUAAAGCAGUUUCCUUUUUUUUU